GCAAAACCACAGCCACAACCACCACGCCCCCUCUUAUCUAUAUAACAACAACCCUCUUGCUGCAACUAUCGCCCCCAAAACACACUUUUCUUCUCUCUCAAAGCAUCCUCCAGCUAUUUGGGAAACGAAGAAAGAUUGCUCUGAUUGUGGUGCGGUGCCGUUUGUAGACAGAAGAUAAGAAAAAGGAAAGGUUGGGAUUUGGGUUUGCGCGCAGGGGGUAAGACCCAGGAUCGACGCGUUGUAGACAUCACGGCUAUACACAGAGUUUCUCGGCCUCUCGUUCAUGUCCGGGCAGUACGACGAAAGGGUUGUGUGAUCGAGAGCAACCCUUCGCCGCACGGCGGGCGUGGCGCGUUGCCUUCUGAAGGCGGCAGCCCUUCCGACCUCCUCUUCCUUGCUGGUGGCGGUUCCUCUGCUUUCUCUAAGUCAUACUAGCUAUAUUAGUUUUAGGUCUAUUUUACGCAUUAAAGCCUAGCCUAAGGUUUUUUAUUUGUUAAGAGCGAUUAGAUCUCGGUUAAGCAGCGUUUGUUGUUGUUCUUGUUGUUCUUGUUGCUGUUGUUGUUGGGUUUUGUGUUUGGUGAUUUGAUUAAUUUUCUGAGAAAGAGCGAGCAAGAUGUUGAGGAUCAAGAGGGUUCCCACUGUUGUUUCGAAUUACCAGAAGGACGAGUCGGAAGAGGCUGCUCGCCGUGAAGGGGGCUGUGGUCGCAAUUGCCUCAACAAGUGUUGCAUUCAAGGGGCAAAGCUCCCUUUAUAUGCUUUUAAGCCGCUGAACAAGAUUGUUGGUGACAAGGCUUUGCCCGGACAUGAGAGCAGUCAGCCCCCUGUGGCCUUUCUGGAUUCACUGCUUCUUGGGGAGUGGGAGGAUCGCAUGCAGAAAGGGCUCUUUCGCUAUGAUGUCACUGCCUGUGAAACCAAGGUGAUUCCGGGUGGGUACGGUUUCAUUGCCCAGCUGAACGAAGGCCGCCAUCUUAAGAAGAGGCCAACUGAGUUCCGUGUUGAUAAGGUCCUCCAGCCCUUUGAUGGGAGCAAAUUCAACUUCACUAAAGUUGGGCAAGAAGAGGUUCUCUUCCAGUUUGAGCCGAGCGAAGAUGGUGAAGUCCAGUUCAUCCCAAAUGCCCCCAUUGAUGUUGAGAAUUCUCCAAGUGUUGUUGCCAUCAAUGUUAGUCCAAUUGAAUAUGGGCAUGUGCUUCUGAUACCUCGUAUUCUUGAGUGCCUGCCACAAAGGAUUGACCGUGACAGCUUCUUGCUUGCCCUUUACAUGGCAGCAGAAGCCGAGAGCCCAUACUUCAGGUUGGGUUACAACAGCCUGGGUGCAUUUGCCACCAUCAACCACCUUCACUUCCAGGCUUACUACUUGGCUGUGCCCUUUCCUAUUGAGAAGGCUCCCACCAAGAAGAUAACCACCUUGGAUGGUGGGGUGAAGAUCUCUAAGCUGUUGAAUUAUCCAGUCAGAGGUCUUAUAUUUGAAGGCGGAAAUUCUAUUGAAGAUUUGUCAAACACUGUUUCAGACGCCUGCAUUUGUCUUCAAGAUAACAACAUACCUUACAAUGUCCUCAUUGCUGAUUGUGGAAGGCGAAUCUUCCUUUUCCCACAGUGUUAUGCUGAGAAACAAGCUCUUGGGGAAGUGAAUGCUGAGCUUCUUGACACCCAAGUGAACCCAGCUGUGUGGGAGAUUAGUGGGCACAUGGUGCUGAAGAGGAAGAAGGACUAUGAAGAGGCAUCUGAGGAAAAUGCUUGGAGGCUCCUUGCAGAGGUCUCCCUCUCUGAAGAGAGAUUCCAAGAAGUGAGUGCUCUAAUUUUUGAAGCCAUUGCUUCUGUUGACAAUGGGAAUGGAAAUGCUACUCAGAGCUCUCUUGAGGAGCCGGAUGCCAAACCCAAGUCUCAUGAAGAAGUGGAUGCCAUCCACCCUGCUAUGGUUGCUGGGACAAAAGAAUGCCUAGUUCUGCAUUAAGAAUUAGGCUACGAUGACCUGGUCGUCGGUGUUUGGGUCUGAGUCAAUUAUUGCAGUUUGCUUUUUAAGUUUGUCCCUCUAUCUUAAUGAACAUAUGCUAGCAGUUGCCUAAAUAAAGAAAGGGUUUGCAUUUGUUGUUGCACCCUUUGUGUUUAUGUUUUCUGCAAAUUGGCUCUGUACCUUUCAGGUUUGUUUUGUGGGUUAUGUAAAAUAAUACUAUGUUGCUGUUUGCCGAAUUGAACUAAUGAAUGUUUAAUAUGUAUGUAUUUGGAGCUGCUUGCAGUUUAUUUGUUA